AUGUCGUCGAUCAUCACUUCCAUCAAAGACCUCAUCAUGUCUAUGUUCGAGCUGGUAUUCUCGGUAUUCCAGACAGCUUUUGAUACGGUUUAUGGCCUCCUUCAUACCGUCGUCGAAUUCUUUAUUGGUAUUUUCCGGAUGGCAUUCCAUACAGCUGGAGACGCUUUGGAAAUGUUAGGAGGAAUUGGCAAAUUUAUCGCCAGCAAUAUCGUUAUCAUCGGGCUUCUUGCAGGUGGUGCAUACGGAUAUGUGCAGUAUCAACGUCGCCAAGGGCGGACUGUGAAAAUUGGAGACAAGAAGCUACAAUAG